AGGUGUACUCAAUACUGAAUGUCUGUUAGUGUUAUAAGAGUGUGGAGCACUUUCCUCAAAGCUCUGGCCUCUUUGAGUGAAGCCAGGUCUUUGCUUAGCUUCCUCACAGAAAGACACAGAAGAGGUUCCUGGGUCUUGUGAACUCAAGGAGCCACAAAAUGGUGCAAAAAGGACAACCUCAGGGUAGAGAGAGAAGAGUCUGCUGGUCCCUGAAGCUCUGGUCCGUUGCUGUGGUUACCAUGGCACUGUUCAGUGUCUGUUUCAUUGUGAGCUGUGUGGUGACUUAUCAUCUUACAUAUGGCAAAACUGUCAAAAGGCUGUCUGAACUACACACGUUUCACUCGACCCUAACCUGCUUCAGUGAAGGGACAAGGGUGACAGAAAAGGUCUGGGGAUGUUGCCCAAGUACUUGGAUGUCAUUUGGUUCCAGCUGCUACCUCGUUAUUAAUGAAGAGAAUUUUUGGAAGAAGAGUGAGCAGAAAUGUGUUGAGAUGGGGGCACAUUUGGUGGUGGUCAACACAGAAGCAGAGCAGAAUUUCAUUGUCCAGCACCUGAAUAAGUCACUUUCUUAUUUCCUGGGGCUCUCAGAUCCACAAGGCGAUAACAACUGGCAAUGGGUUGAUCAGACACCUUUCAAGAAUAAUGGCAGGUUCUGGCACCACAAUGAGCCCAAUUUUUCUGCAGAGCAAUGUGCUUCAAUAGUUUUCUGGACACCUAAAGGAUGGGGCUGGAAUGAUGUUUUCUGUGAUACUAAUAGAAACUCAAUAUGUGAGAUGAAGAAGAUUUACCUAUAAGUGGAAUUUUAGUCACAGAACUUUUGAAAUUGUAACCCUUCAUGAAAUGAUACUUUUUGUCUUGUAAUUUACCGUUAAUCCUUGGGACAUAAAGGUUCGUGAAAAUAUUCA